CAGCGGUGAAAACACACACACCACAACGCCUCGCAGGGGCUGGGACUUCACCUAAAAAACCUCAAAUUGGAGGUGGAGGAAGUGCUGGGUGUCGCCUGAACAUAGCGGUUACAUGUGCAGCAGCCUCGGUUGAGGGUCACAUUGUGUGUUCGUGGAGUGUUGCGCUGCGAUGUCGGAGUUUCUGGUGAGUCUACUCGGGGAGCGGCUCGUCAACAGCGAGAAAGCCGAAGUGGACGUGCAGUCUCUGGGCGCCAAGCUGUCUCUGGUCGGGCUCUUCUUCGGAUGCAGCCUAAACGCGCCGUGUAAGCAGUUCAACGCCAGCCUGUGUGAGUUUUACAGCAGGUUCAAAAAGGCGUCUGAACAUAAAGACAAUUUGGAAAUCGUCUUCAUCUCGUCUGAUCAGGACCAGAAACACUGGCACGACUUUUUGCAGGAGAUGCCAUGGCCUGCGUUACCUUUCAAAGACAGACACAAAAAGAUGAAGCUGUGGAACAAGUACAAGGUGACCAGUAUCCCAUCUCUGGUGUUUGUGGAUGCAACUACGGGGAAAGUGGUGUGUCGAAAUGGUUUACUGGUGGUCAGAGAUGACCCCAAAGGCCUGGAGUUCCCCUGGGGGCCAAAGCCAUUUGCAGAGGUGGUGGCAGGGCCUCUGCUAAGGAACAACAGGCAGACAACAGACAGCAGCUCUCUAGAGGGACACUACGUGGGAGUGUACUUCUCAGCACACUGGUGCCCGCCAUGCCGCAGUUUGACCCGGGUCUUGGUGGAAUCAUAUCGUAUCGUCAAAGAGUCGGGUCAGAAAUUUGAGAUCGUGUUUGUCAGCGCUGACAGGUCAGAGGAGUCCUUUAAACAGUACUUCAGCGAGAUGCCAUGGUUGGCGGUGCCAUAUUCAGAUGAGGCUCGGCGGUCACGACUUAACAGACUUUAUGGAAUACAAGGUAUUCCCACGCUGAUUCUGCUGGACACAGAGGGUCACAUGAUCACGCGACAGGGCCGCGUGGAGGUGCUGAACGACCCGGAGUGCCGGCUCUUUCCCUGGCACCCCCGGCCCGUGCUUGAGCUCAGCGAGUCCAACGCCGUGCAGCUCCACGAGGGGCCCUGCCUGGUACUGUUUGUAGACGCUGAAGAGGAGGGCGAGUUGGAGCCAGCCAAGGAGCUGAUUCAACCAAUAGCAGAGAAGCUCAUGGCCAAGUACAAAGCCAAGGAAGAGGAGACCCCAUUGCUGUUCUUUGUGGCUGGAGAGGAUGACAUGAGCGACUCCCUGCGGGACUACACUAACCUCCCAGAGGCAGCUCCUCUGCUCACAAUCCUGGACAUGUCAGCCCGCGCCAAGUAUGUUCGUGAUGUUGAGGAGAUAACGCCGGCCGUAGUGGAGCAAUUUGUCAACGACUUCCUGGCUGAAAAGCUCAAACCAGAGCCCAUUUAAUGAAGAAGUCCAAAUAGGAAGCGGACAUAGUAUAUGGGACUCACUCCAUCAUCAAACCCUAUGCCCCUCUCCCUUCCAAACCUCCUAUCUCUCCCACUCCUCCCCCUGACUCUGUCAGACUGUUAGAGAGAUGUCUCACUUUUUACUGACAUUUUAACAUUUUUUUAAACAUGUCCUCUCUUUCUCCUGUGGUGCCUUGCAUUGACUAUAGUCCCUACAGUAAUAUAUAUGGAGAUUCUGUUGUUUGGUUUGGCCUCAAGAAAAGUAUUUGUAUUAUUUUCCAAUCAAUCACAUUUCUGAAUUCUAGAGAAAACCAGAGUUACCCAAUGGACCUACUUAUUCAGCUUAUCCUUGUUACUUUUGGUUUCUGAACAGUGAUGAGAAAGAAUAAAAAAAAAAAUUGCAGCAUUUCAUAUGUACACAUACUCAGUUGGAUGUAGCCGUAAGCCUUUAUGGCCAUAAAAAACAACAGUAUGACAGGUGCACAUACAUUAAAGAACACAUUAUACUUGCUUGUAACAGACCAAUGACUGAUGUUUUGAAGCCCCUGUGUCUUUUGUGUUUUAUGAUGUGAGUGAAAGUCAUCUCUAGCCAGCUGUUAAUGGUGGUUCUCAUCUCAAAAUCAUUAUGAGGAUUUUCUGUGAAGGUCCCGUAAUGAGAAGGCCGGGUUAUAACUGAUGGCACAAAAAAAAGGCAUUCUGAAAAGUGUUGAAUGUAUAAAUCCCUAUAUUCUGUUAAUCCCGGGUUGUAUCUUCAGUCAUGACUUCACACCCAUUAAAAAUUCACUGGCAAGCACAAA